UGAGAUGGGAGAGAGCAUGUCCAAGAGGCUGAAGCUGCAGCUGGGCGGCGAGGCGGAGAUGGAGGAGCGGGCUUUUCCCAACCCCUACCCCGACUACCAGCCCCAGGCAGCCGGAGCCGCCGCCGCCGCCCCCAGCGUGGCGGACACCCUGCGGGACAAGUCGCCGCUGCCGGCGGAGGAGGAGCCCCUCCCCUUCGGCGCCGAUGGGAAGGUCAGUGCUCGGUUCUCAAAACGGAUCCAGGCAAAAAUCAAGGACCUUCUGCAACAAAUGGAGGAAGGGCUGAAGACGGCAGAUCCACAUGACUGCUCUGCCUAUACUGGCUGGACUGGUAUUGCCCUCUUAUAUCUGCAACUGUACCGUGUCACGAAAAACCAGAGCCAUUUGCAGCGAUCUCUUGACUAUGUGAAGAGAAUCCUUCGGAAUCUGAAUGGCAGAAGAGUUACUUUCCUCUGUGGUGAUGCUGGGCCACUGGCAGUGGGUGCAGUGGUUUAUCACAAGCUGAAAAACGACAGUGAAUCCAAAGAAUGUGUUGCCAAGUUGUUGCAGCUCCAAAGGACAGUCAUAAGCACAGAUGCUGAACUUCCAGAUGAGCUGCUUUAUGGCAGAGCAGGUUACCUAUAUGCCUUGCUGUACCUGAAUACUGAAAUCGGUCCAGACACUGUCCCACAGUCUGUUAUCAAAGAGGUAAUAGAUGCUAUUAUUGAAUCGGGGAAAAACUUUUCGAAGGAGGAGCGGAAAACAGAGCGUUGUCCUCUGUUGUACCAGUGGCACAGGAAGCAAUACGUUGGAGCAGCCCAUGGAGUGGCUGGGAUCUAUUACAUGCUCAUGCAGCCAAUUGCAAACGUGGACCAGGAGACCCUGGCAGAGCUGGUCAAGCCAAGCAUUGACUAUGUGCGACAUAAAAAAUUCCGAUCUGGGAACUACCCGUCGUCACUGAGCAACGAGACUGACAGACUGGUUCAUUGGUGCCAUGGUGCCCCCGGAGUCAUCCACAUGCUCAUGCAAGCUUAUAAGACUUUUAAAGAGGAUAAAUACUUGAAAGAUGCUAUGGAUUGCAGCGAUGUCAUCUGGCAGAGAGGUUUAUUGAGAAAAGGGUACGGGAUCUGCCAUGGUACUGCUGGCAAUGGCUACUCCUUCUUGUCUCUCUAUAACCUAACUCAGGACAAAAAGUACCUCUACCGAGCUUGCAAGUUUGCUGAAUGGUGUUUGGAGUAUGGUGCACAUGGAUGUCGUAUUCCUGACCGACCUUAUUCUCUCUUCGAAGGCAUGGCUGGAGCAAUUCACUUCCUCUCAGAUAUUUCAGUACCGGAGACUUCCCAGUUUCCAGCGUUUGAACUUGGACCUCAAAGGAGGGAAAACAAAGUGGAACAGGACAGCUAAAAGAUCAUUUUGAAAGGAAACUGAUGCCAAAAGAGAUGAGACUGUUUAGUGCCUCUGAUCCUGAACUAACUCGACCCUGAACCGACGGAUGGAUAAACCCCUUUUCUCAACCCCCCGCCUCCAAGGACCAUGAAGUCAUUAGAGCAUGAACAGGAGAAGCCACACUUAAGUUCAGUUAAAGUGAUUGAUACCUUCAGACGUAGGACAAGAGAAGUCAAGUUUUGAACUUUCUCUCUUCUGUUGUAUUUGUCUUCUUCAGGUCUUUGACAUGCUCUGCAUGUGUAUUGGUGUUGUCUGUUGAUUCGAGUCUUUUGUUGUUAGCAAAAAAGCUGGUCUCUGUGUGAAUCUCUGUCCUGUACCUUCGUGCAUGACUCUUAACAGCAGUGUGGCUUUCUGCAGCGUGGUUACCCAGAGAGUUCCACCUUAUGCCAGAGAGUUUGCUGCAGGACACUGCCCAGCUUCACUGGUGAGCUGGCAACUUUAAAAAGAGAUGAAAAACGUUUUUAUGUUCAUAUUUUUCUGCAUUUUUCUCCAUAGUCCCUACAAGUCAAGGUGGUGGAGAUGAGCCUUUAUUGAUGAAGAGGUAUGAGCCCAUCUCAGUUUUCAGAAACUCGGCAGGUUAGAAGGGACUUGACUUGGCCUUUUGCUGCUGUUGUGGGAGGUUUUUUUGAAAGCUUGAAAGAGAGGCUCCCGUUGAUACCUGCACCUGGUUAGCGUGUUAGGCACUUACAGCAGGGUGGAGAUGCUUGUCCCCACCUCUGCAAAGCCCCAUCCCAUGGCAUGACCUUAACAAACUGAAGAUGGAGUCACCCACACUAACCUCCCACUGCCGCCACGAGCAGAGCAGGGACAGCGUAACUGUGCUUCUCCUCUCCUGUACAUGGAUUUGUAAUAAACCUGUUCUGCAGCAUCUAGUAAGGGAGGGCAUCAGGGCAGUUUCUCAUGCUGGUAACUCAGGAUGACUCUUGCUUCUGAACCAAGGCGGUGAUUUCUUCUGGGCCCUUCCCUCCCUCUCCCAGCCGCGCUGCAUUUAGCCCGUAUAGUACGAUUUGAGCGAUAAAUACCAGCUGCUUGUGCAGGCUGCAGAAGAUUAAUAAGCAAUACGAAACCAUUGCUAGAGGCUGUAAUUGAAGUUGAUUUCAUCAUAAAAUCCAAACAGAAAAAGCCCUUUGCCCUUCGUUUUAACUGUACUGCUAGUGCUGUGCUUCCCCUUGUAGUGUGGUGGGGUUGUGAAUUACUAAACCUGCCUCCAGAUGCUCCUGAGCAUCAGGCUCUUGGUUUGGGAGAAGUGGGACAUGCUGUAAGUACACCUACAACAGGCUUAUCUGUUCCAGAUAGCAAGUACGCUUACUGCUGGGGAAAGGUAAGUAAGUGUAGUGCACUCUCACUCGCUCGGGCUCUGUUGUUAUCCUUCCCCCAGGUCUCCCUGUGCUUUGUCAUUCCAGCUGCUUAUUUUAAUUGAUAUCUUCCAUCAGGUGCGAGUGUGACCUUUCAGGCGUGCAUUGGGAUAUACGUGACCCACGGGACAUCUGCUGAGCGCCAGCAUUUUGCAGUCAGGCUUGGAGAUGCAUUGUUGCUCCUGCAUAAAUCUCCGACCGGUAGCGGGUGACGUCCUUGAGCUUUACAGUGUCUGUUGCCAAAUCCAUUGGGACGUUAAUCUCCACACUCAGUUUUGCUGGGCAAGAGCAGCAGUGCCAGUGCAGGGACAGCUUAAUGUCACAGCGUAGCUCCUCUGCUGGUUUGUCAGGUAGGACUAAAACAUGGGAGCAGCGGGAGAGACUUUUCCACCCCUCUGGCAAAGGGCGGAAGAUGAGGCGGGGGGGGGCACCGAACCCAGCCAGGGAUGAGGGAAAAUGCUGAAAGGCAGUGGGGAAUGAGGGAAGCAGCCUGACAAGUGGCUGGGGUGAAGCAAAGGGGAGCAGAGCGGCAGAAAGCGGAGGGAUCAGUGAGGAACAGGGAGAGCAGGUUACAGGAGGCAAUGCAUGGACUCUAGCGGUAGAGACCAUCUCCGAUGAGGUGUUCUUCCCUGGCAAGCAUGCAAAGGUCUAACACUGUGUUUCUGUCUUCAGCCUGUGGAUCACUGAUCCCUAGCCAGGGACAAAACUGGUCCAGGGCGAAGUCUCACAGAAAUCCUAGCAAAGGAGGUAGACAGCAGUCCUGAUCCUGUUUCACAUCACCCCUACCCGGUUUUGCCUUCCCUUGCGCUGUGACUGCAGAGCGUGUUUGGUGGGUUAACUUAAGGGAAGGGGCUUGCCAGGUCUGCAGGAACAGAAACCACAGGCCUUGCCGGCAGAUGCCAAGCAUGUGUUGUACUGACCGCUUAACUAUAAGGGGUCGGCAGGCAGGUAUUUUCAUUCAGUUAUUAUGUACAUAUAUGCCUUUUUGGCUGCUGAGCUUGGAACGGCACCUGUGGGAGGUGAUUUUUUUGUCUGGCUGGAGCCCAAGGGGAAUUAAAACUUGCUGAUUUAAAAAAUACAUAGGUGUACGCACACUUAGAAUGGCUUAAUACUGAGCAGAUCUCCGAGAUGCUUGAGCGCACCCAUCGAAAUAAUGAACAAGUCAGCUACCAGCUCUUUCUGUACCAUAGCCAGCCUUCUGCUGCCGUGGGGGCUGGCACCGUCUUUCUCCGCAGAAUCCUCUUGGAAUUGAGAAAGACUGGAAAUUUAAGGUAUCAAGUCGGGAAGCCUCUGACAGCGCAUCUGCCUCGUCUUCCUGAUGUGACUUUCCCCAUGGCUCCUCCUUUCCAUUAGUCAGUGUUGUGCUAUCUAGGUGGCCCAUUAAGAAAAGAUAUUGUGUGAAGGUGAAAAAAUGGAUUUCACCAAGGCAUUGUUUUCAGAAAUCACAUCAAACUAAAAAUGUGGAAAAUGUCUUAAUAUUCCCUGGUUUGCUUCGUCUGUGUGUAAUAGUCCAUCUGUUGCAAAAAAGCAGUAGUGUUAAAAAUGGAGAUGCUCUUCGGGCAGAAAAAGAGGAAAAAAAAUAAAUGCUGAUGUUUUGUUCUUUGGCUUUAUUAGUAAAGAUCAAGCUAUGUGGUGGUAA